AUGACGACGGCGCCGGGGCCUUUUGGGGGUUACAUUCCUCAGCUACCAGAAGGAUGGGUCAAAUGCCCCAAAUUUGGCGACCCACGCUUUUUCGAUGGACUUAACAUAAUUCCCUGCAAGGUACCUCUUAGUACAAAAUUCAACAACCUAGUCGGGCCAUCGGGGCGAUGGACGCUGGUCGAUGCCAUCCGGCAGUUCCGCAGCUAUGGCAUGGAUGUGGCCACCAUCAUCGACCUGACCAAGAGCCGCAACUACUACGACAUCAAUCGGGAAAUGGAGGAGCUGGAUAACCCCGAUAUCCACUACGUCAAGAUCGCCUGCCGCGGGCGCGGUCAGUCGCCCCUGCCGUCGGAGGUCAAUGAAGCUGUGUGGCACAUCUUCUCUCACCACAUGAACACGAGGGACAAGUACAUCUUGCUGCAUUGCACUCACGGAUUCAACCGCACGGGCUAUGUCGUGGUCGCUGCUUUGAUGCGGUUGCGGUACUUGACCGUUAAGCGGGCGGUGAUCAGGUUCGCGCAGUCCCGGCCCCCGGGCAUCUACAAGGACGGCUACCUCAACGACCUCUUCACAUACUACCACGAAGAACGGCCCCCUAGGCAGCAAGCCUACUGGGGUCAGUUCUGCUUCUUGUACACUCUUUCCAUGGCAGCACCUUCACUCGUUCACGUGCCCAAGCUCUCCCCCACGCCCCCCGUACCGUCGUGGAAGGGAAACGACAACGCGGAGGACGCGGCGGAUGCGGCUAAUGAGGACCAGGAGGGGGAGGUGAAGGGCUCCGCGGCGGAAGCCCUCCUAACUCAGAUUCUUAAAAUCACAUUACACACAGAAGUACAUACGCACGAACAGGAACGUUACCGGGCCAUCGACACGGACGUCGUCGGGCCGCGUAACCUCGAACGCCAGUACAUCGACCGAUGGCGAAACGUGCCCUUCGACCCGGCACGUGCCGAGUACGACGCCCCGCCGCUGGCGUACGACUAUACGGCCGAGCGCUUCAGUGUACGGCGCAAGGAAUUUUGGCCGGUGUUCCAGAUCGACAAGGUGUUCGCGCGCUUCAAUGAUCCGCACAACAUUGGCCACGAAAGCGACGGGCUCAUCCUGCAAGGCUACGAGGACCUGUACGUUACCGGCACCUGCGAGCGGCUCUACAAGUGGAAGUUCGCCCACAUGAAUUCCGUUGACUUUCAGUUGCGGUGCGCCAAGAGGAUAGGGCCCUCGGGGCAGCCGGAGCUGGAUCCCAACGGCCAACCGGAACCGUUACAGUUAUUUCUGUUGGAUCAGAACGCGUCGCGGGGCCGGGGCAUCGCCUACAUUCCCCUGGCCAAGGUCGAUAAGGACGGUGGGUGA